AUGAGCAUCCCAACCACCUCCUCGGGAAUUCCAAGACUAGCUUUUGGCUGCGGAACUUACUACUACAAGUACGGCAACGACACUGUUAACCAGCAACUAGUUGAUAUCACCAAGACCGCAUUGAGCAAAGGCGUCAGGCACAUCGAUGCUGCAGAGUGUUACAAUGUAGACAAAGAAUUGGCCAAAGCUUUUGCAGAAUCUGGUCUUUCGAAAGCCGAGUACUUCGUCACUGACAAGUACUUUUCGGGAGCUGGGGAUUACUCUGUUCGGUCCAAGGAAGCCAACCCAUAUUUGCAUCUGAAGGCGUUUUUGGAGAGAGUGAACAUUCCUUACGCUGAUUUGUAUCUCCUACACUCCCCAUUCAUCAAGAAAGAAACCCACGGGUUUAAUUUGGGAGAAGCCUGGAAAUACAUGGAGCAAUGUAAAAAGGAGGGGCUUGCUAAGAGAAUUGGCAUAUCCAACUUCACGGUCCAAGACAUUGAAGAGAUUCUGAGAGAGGCUUCCGUCAAGCCAGAGGUCCACCAGAUUGAGUACAACGCGUUCCUGCAAAAUCAAACACCGGGUAUUGUCGACUUCUGCAAGAAGCACGGUAUUGAGCUCGAGGCAUAUGCUCCUUUGGGCCCAUUGACCAAAGGCGACAAGACCAGUGGCGUUGGUAAGAAGUUUGACGACUACCUGAGCUCGUUAGAGAAGAAGUACGGCAAGACAAAGACCCAGAUCUUGCUGAGGUGGGUGGACCAAAAGGGAAUUAUUCCGGUCACAACCACCUCCAAGGAAAGCAGGCUGGACGAAUUUUUGGACGUGUUCUCCUUUGAGCUCACUCCUGAAGAGGUUGCGACUAUCACUGAAAUUGGUGCUCAGUACAAGCCUCCUCUCAGACAAUUCUGGAUCCCAGAAUAUAGUAAGUACGAUCAGUGA